AUGGAGGGGACGCAGAGGCAGUCCUUUGUGGUUGAUGGCCGCUUGCUGUCAGGCAAGCAAACGACAGUGGAGUUGGGAGGCCACCCUACAUCCCCGUUGGUCUCCGACCUCAAGACGCUCUUUGGCCAGAGCGAGGGCAUACCGCCCGAGCACAUGCGACUGGUCCACGCCGGGCGGGUACUCGAGGACAGUCGCACACUUGCCAGCUACAACAUCGCCUCGCAUGACCUGGUGCACAUUACAUUGGCCAGCAGAGAAGACCCCUUCUACCCACUGGCACCUCUCCCCACGCCAGACGAGGACGUAGUGGACACAGCCACCGCCUUUACUACUCCAGCUGCCAGGCCCAUAGUGCGCAGACGGAAGGAGAUCCAGGAGUUGCUACACAGCUGGCCAGAGCAAGAGCAGCCGCUCGUGUAUCUGUGGCGCGUGGGAAGAAAAGUGGAGUGGGUGGAGCUCGUUGUUGAAGGUCCUCCCAAUAGUUUCUAUCACGGAGGGGCUUUCCUGCUGCGGGCGUCCUAUCCGCCCGAUUACCCAUUCCGUCCGUUCGCGCUGCGCAUGCUCACGCCCCUCUACCACCCGACCGUCGGCCCACAAGGCACGAUCGCCGUGCUUGGCCACGACCCAUUACACCGGUGGAAUCCAACCCACAUGAUCGUUGCGGCGGUGCAAGACUUCAUCAAACAGCUCGAGGUCUACGCCUUGUCGCCGGUGGCCUCGGACCGACUGAGACACGAGAUCGCACAGGUGGCACCCGUCGUGGAGGAAUGGGAGAGCCGAGGGGAGGAGUGGGCGGCCAAUACGGCGCGGCUGUGGACGCAAUACUACGCCACCGGCAAGGGUCGCAUCUAUCGCGAACGCGCCUACGUCGACUCCGGCCAACGAUGCUCGAGCAUGGCCCACCUUGGGCGCCUCGUCGCUGUCGACGAAACGAGGCUCAACAAUGAGGAGGGCAUAGAUGACGCAGAGAGGAAGAAGGAACCCCGACUGAAGUCACUGGGCCAGUUGCCUCGCGAGCUGGUGCACAUGCUGCUGCUCUGCCUAGGCAGCCAUCGGCGGCCGCCGUCGCCUCCCGACGUGCCGUGGAAGCAGCUCAACAACGGCGACGAUGUCAGCGGCAAAGCUCACCUGCUCGGUCGCCUACUACUCGACUGUGGGGCGUUCGACCGCAGGGUCGUGGAGCGGUUCAUGGGCUCCACAUCGGAUUUGUACUCAAGGUCAGUUCCAGCACGACGACGGCUCGAGGGUCUGAUCCGCACGCGCGAGGAACUGGCGCGAGGCAUCACCCUCGCCACCCGGUUCGUUCAGUACCUCGGCCGGUUCCGGAUACGCACGAAGCGAUACCCAUUCUCUCUGGUGAACGUGCCCUCGCUGGGCUUCUUCGAACGCAGCUGCAUUACAGGGGCAGCCAACGCCGACUUCGCUCUGAUGGUCGUGUCUGCCGCGGCUCUCGAGUUCGAGGCGUGCAUGGCCGACCGGAAAGCCAAAUCACUCUUCGAGGUGGCCCUGGUCGCCAAAGGGUGGGGCAUCGAGCAGCUCGUCGUGGUGCUCACCAAGGCAGACGAAGUGCUGAAGGAGCUCAAGCCGGGCCAGGGCACGCGUGAGCACCAGGCGCUCAUCGAGGAUCGGGAGCGGCGCGUCGUCGCCCUGUUGCUUUCGAUGCAAUUCAAGAGGUACGCGCCCGCGCGCUGCGGUUCAUGA